AUGAGCAUCCAAUUCAAUAUGACUAAUGCUCAAGAGGGUUUUAUGUGGGGCAUAUCCAGUUCUGAUGAUUCUGGAGGCGGUUGUAGAAGAAUCGACAAGCAACUACCUCUACCGCAACCUUCUCUUCUGUUAGAAAAUCCGAUCUCGAUGGAUAAGAAGGGUGCAAAAGGAAAGAAAAGGACGAAAAGAAAUGGAAAAAAUCAUGUUGAAGACUCACCUGAUCAUGAAAUACAUAUAUGGACCGAGAGAGAAAGGAGGAAGAAAAUGAGGGACAUGUUCUCUAAACUACAUGCUUUGCUUCCCCAGCUUCCUCCUAAGGCUGACAAAUCAACAAUUGUAGACGAAGCAGUGAGCUCCAUCAAAUCCCUUGAACAAACUUUGCAAAAGCUCCAAAUGAAAAAGCUCGAGAAACUUCAAUAUUCUUCUGCUUCAAACACAACUACUUCUCCUACAACUCUGCUCACACCAAUCUCACACCAUUCCCAAAUCCUUCCCGUAGGUGCCGCCCCAGCAGAUUGUUACUCUCGUGAAGCUUUCUUGGCCGAUCAGAUAUCUUCUUCCAUCACAAACCUGCCUUACCCUUGUAAUGACCCGACCGAUGCUUUCGAUAUUUGGUCCUCACGUAACGUCGUGCUGAAUAUCUGUGGGAAUGAAGCUUUCUUCAAUAUUUGUUGCCCAAAAGACAAAUCAGGAGUUUUCUCUAAUAUUUGUUACUUGUUUGAGAAGUACAACAUUGAAGUCGUGUUUGCUAAUGUCUCCUCUAAUGUUUACCGGAGCACCUACGUGAUCCAAGCACAGGUAAGUCCGAGUUAUGAGAAUCAGUUACUGGGAGAUGGAUUUGGAGUAGGGGAUAUUUUCAAGCAAGCUGCUAAUGAACUGGCCUUAUAUUUUUCAUCUCCUUGAAUUAUAAAUGGCUGCUUCGGGUUGAAUUCAUUUUCAGGUCAUUGGAUGAAUCUUCAGUUUUAUCGAUGUGCAUGCAGAGAUAAGUUUGGACUUUGCACUUUA